AUGAUGAAGGGAAGAAGAGAAACCCCCUUUCUUUCAUCACGAGUACGCAGUCCUUACACAAAACAACCACAUAAACUACCUCGGCUACCAUUUAAACAUGUCAAUCCAAUAGGUGGUAGCUUCCAAAGGUCGUCGGUGCCAGUGCAAACGGGACUUUUCCUUGAACAACUGACGGAGGCAAUUCCACUGGAUGACUUUGCAACGCAGACAGACGACUUCCUGGAUCGCCCACCUACGCCGCUUUUUGUACCUGCAAAGACGGGCAGGGAUACCGAGACGCAAAUCUACGAAGGAGAUUUGUUCGACUUCGACCUUGAAGUGAGACCAAUUCUCGAAGUUCUGGUGGGCAAAACUAUAGAGCAAGCUCUUAUUGAAGUCUUGGAAGAAGAGGAGUUAGCCGAUCUCCGGCGUCAGAAGCACCUAUUCGAAGAAAUCUAUAAUGCUGAUCUUGCAGAAGUAGCAAGGCUAGAGGAGCAAAAUCGUCGAUACAGGUGA